AUGAAGGGAUACUGCUGUCCUGCCCUGAUCUGUUGUGGGAUCUCUCUGUACUGUGAGUGGACCUCUCCCUAUCCCGCUCUUGCCCCUCCUCUUUCUGAUGUGCUCACUCUCCCCCCUCCCCUCACUAUUCACGUUCACACGUAUUUCUUGGGCUAUGGAAACCACCACCGCCACUACGAGUUUCACUCAGCACGGCUCAGAGGCGUUGCUCAUAGAACUAGCCCCUUCACCGACACCACCACCACACGCUUGACGAUUGCCUCCCGCCUAAUCCAUUACACUCGAUUGAAGAGUGAAGUUGCUGCUCAGUGUCAUUCGGCAGGAGACAUAUCCAUUUCGGCUUUGUGGUCUCUCUGCUCGCCGUUGUACGAGAAAAUCGAAAAGAAACGAAAAAAGCAGCAGCUCUGCUUCACAAGGACACCUCCCCCCCCCCUCCCCUCAGUCUCAACCUCUACGUCCACUACUGUCACAAUCCAUCCGUGCGCGCUACUGUGUCUUCUCUAUUCGAGAAGUCUGUCGUUGCGCCCCCAAGCAUCACCUAUCAUUAUGUCCGCGCUCUGGGCACGCUUUGCGGAGAAGCUGAAGGACUCCGGCUACACCCUCAAUGACUUGGCCUACUGCAGUGAGGACACCUUCCUCACCCUUGUCGGGAAUAUGAACGCCUUCACCCCGCUGCAGAUCGCCUCGCUGGCGAAGGAGUGGCAAAGAAGUCUAUCGACGACAGCGGCACCGCCAGACACGGUUAGCGGGAGUGCGCUGUCCAUGUCCAGGCGCCACACCGAAGGCACAAGACUGACCUCCUCACCUGUGCCCUUGUCGACAAGAAAGGGGUCGACGCUGCCGGCCGCCGGUGCUGCCGAGACGUCGCCGAACCACUCUACGCUGAGCACGGCACUGAGGGAAAACUCGUUCACGCCGCCGCUGCGGUCGCCGGCGAAAGUGAAGGAGGAGGCAGAGUAUCUGCUCACAAAGCUCAGCGCGAAGAGCGGGGUGGAGUAUCAGGUGUCGCUGACCGAAGGCAUUGUUGCCGUUGAGGCCUCGCUAGAGGCGUGGGGUCCAUUGUUGGACCGCAUCUCGCGCAUGCAGAUGACGAGCCGCGUCUCUGCAAGCCGCCGAGACAGAGCCGCCGCCGCAGACCCGCCAGUGGAGUUGCAGCUACUGUGGAAGCUCUGCAGUCCCGCGACGCUGCAGAAGAUGGAAAAGGCGUGCGUCUCUGGGGCACCGUUUGGGCUGUCGAAUCAGGAUGAUGCGGACGGACUGUGCUCCAGUGCUGUGGUUCUGUACAACAAGGAGGCGACCCGACUCGCGGCGGCGGCGCAGGAGCUCGGGCAGCUGUUCCGCGAGGGAUGGGGACUGGUAGCAUUUGACGUUGCGGUUGGCAAGGCACGCACAGUAACCAAAGAGGAGGCGCAGGACCUCAACGCAAAUCUCUACCGCUUUUCAAUGGAGCAAUGCCUCGAGAUGCUGGAGGACGCCGGCUUCGACGCCUUCCACAUCCCCUCCCGCAACGCUGUGGCGGUGUGCCACAUGCAUCAGGUUAUGCCCCGCUUCGUCGUCUUUGUCAGUACGCUGGAGCCGUUCGAGGUGACCCGCCGCCUGGGUGACGCCGUGCCCGCGAUCGGAAAUGGCCGCCCAUCGCGUGCCCCCCCUGCUCCAGCAGCGUCGCUUCCGCAAUCUGCCUCCGCUGCGGCUGCUGCCCUGCCCAGAGAGAGGCGAACCAGCAACGGCGGCAAUGGCGCCCUCGUCCUGGCGAGCCGAUCCUCGCGGAACGGUGAGGAUCUGCAGUGUGCCGUACACUCAAAAAAGACGGUGGAGUUCUGGUCGCCAAUGGAAAAGCGCCUGCUUUGCAGUCACUGCCUGUACUACGACGGGUACUCGCAAGAGAACUGCGUCCCGAUCGAGCAGGCCGCGCGCGAGGAGGCGCCACGGUUGGAGCGGUGGGUACAGAACGCCAUCACCUUUUCGCAAGAGAUCAAGAGUGUCUUUGACCUAUUCGAGGCGGCGCAGACAGAUGUGUCGCAGUCGCAUAAGCAAGUCCACAGCGACAUUGCGCAGACCUUCACGCGGCUGCAUGGACGACUUGACGCACUAGAGGCGAGUCUGCAGCAGCAGUGCCAGCAAAAGGCGCAGCAGAAUCGCCAGGCACUGCAGGACACCCUCUCCCGCGUCUCUGCCACGGUGCAGUUUGUCAACGAGGUGGUACAAGACGCCGACGAGCCGGUUGCUUCCUACCGCGGCGGCGUCUCGGACACAGCCACCUGUGUGGCACUGCUGCGCAGCGCGCAGCGGGCUUUCGGGGCGUGGGAACCGGUCACCAUCUCAGCAUACGAAAACGUCAGCAUCGCCGACGGCAGCGCUCUCCUGCGGCCAGUGGAAGAGGCGCUCAAGACAGUGCAAUCAGUCACCAGCGAGCCCGGCAAGGUGCAGCUGCCUGAAGCGAUCGACGUCAACUACCUCAAGUCGGACUGCGACGUGUAA